AUGAUACAACAAAAGAUCAGCGACCACACUCGCUCUAAUAACGAUGCUUAUCUUUAUCUUCACUGUUGGGAAUUGGAACUUGUAAGGUGCCAACACUGUUUCAUUGAAAUAGCGACAAAACAAAGGCACUCUCAAAAGAAUUCUGGGUCUCGAAGUUACUUCAGAGUGACUACGAUGUGGGAUUUCAAUGGCUCAAAGGUCUAUGACGAGCAUUACAUGGACGUAUCUUUGUCUCCUCCUGAAUUGCCGCCCGACAAGUCUUGUCGCAAAAGAAAAAAUCCAACCAAACGCGAUAAAGACGCCAUUCCCGUUUUCCUUUGGAUGGCGAAUAAUUAUUUCACAGUACAAGGCUCUGACCAGAAAAACACCGCAACGAAGAAAGCAAAGAAGAAAACAUCCAGAAAUAGACUUGACUGGGUAUACUGUUUUCAGAACGAUACGUUCGUGAAGUGUGGGAAGGAAGACAUCAAUGAUAGAGGAAGGAUGCUCUAUGAAAUUCUCGAUACAAAAUUUAAAGACGAAAGUGUGAAGAAAGUGAUAUUGUAUAAUGACUUGGGACCACUUACAGCACAGAUACAUAUUGUCAAGACACACAAUUGCUUCCUCUUUUCUGAA